AUGGCGACCGUACAAAUUUCCGACGCUAUCUUCGAGGGAAUGAAGGAUAAGGUAAUUCUCAUUACCGGCGGCGCGUCAGGAAUCGGAAAAGCAACUGCAGAGUUAUGUCUGAAGCACGGCGCGAAUGUAAUCAUCGGCGAUCUGAACCCUUUACCGUCCGACCUCGAGAUCUCGGAGAAGCUCAAGUUUAUAAAACUGGACGUCUGCUCAUGGGAAAGCCAACGCGAUGCAUUUAUCCAGGUUGAAGAAUGGUUCGGUUGUAUUGACCAUGUCUUCGCCAAUGCAGGCGUCGGGCCAACGUCCGAUUUCUUGGACGACAACCUUGACGAAAAUGGUCAACUCACCCCUCCUAAUUUCCGGACUAUCAAUGUCAAUCUUCUGGGUGUCAUCUCCACAGUUCGGCUAGCCGCAUAUUACAUCCAGAAGAACUCGGCACAUCGUGCAUCUGGUGAACUGGGCAGUAUCGUGGUCACUGCUUCUACGUCUUCGUUCCAGAACUUCAGCACUGGUGAUUACACGAUCACGAAACAUGGUGUUCUGGGGCUCAUCCGCGGGAUAGGGUAUCAACUUGAGGGAAAGGUUCGACUCAAUGCUGUUGCGCCUUCUUGGACAGCAACUGGCAUUAUUGAUACCCCUUUUAUUGAGGCGCUUGGUGUCGGUGUUCAGAGUCCGGAGGCUGUAGCCCGGAGUGCGGCGCUUCUUUUUAGUGAUCAGCAGCGUCAUGGGGAUGUUAUAUACAGCUGGGAUGGGAAAUAUCUGGAGGUUAACAAGGCAGAAGGCGGAUUGCUGGCGGCUGCGGAUGGGAUCCUUGUGAAUUCAGCUAAUGAGGAGUCUGUUGUGAGAAAGCUCAGAGAAGCGAACAUGAUCGGCUAG